GUAGAGAACAAAAACAGAGCUAAAAGAGAGUGAAUAUUGGACUUCCAUUCACCAGGUGAAUGAGACUAACCUUUGCCCUAAUAUUCAUGCCUUUUUUAAUGCUCCUGCAUGCUUUAUAGCAAGAAUGCCAAUCACAACAAUCUUGAAAUAGUACAACUUCUCUCUUCUUUAGAAGUCUAAGUAGAGGAACCUCCUGUGUCUCAUACUCACCACUCAAUCAGGUUGAGAUCCUGCAGCUUUCAAAAGUAAAUUUUGUGCAUUUUCUUUGUACUUUUUUUGUUUUACUGUCAUACAGUGUAGAAGCAAUAAUGGUUUCACUAUAUAUAUAAUGUAGCACAUAAAAACUGUGAAUUUAGUGAUGCAAAACAAGAAAACAGAGAUGCAAACAGUCAUGAAAACCAACAUGCAAGCAAUGACAGUUUACUGCUGUCCAACCAGUAAGUUUCUCCCUCUCUUCCCUUCUAUACAAAUUUGACAUGUGAGAAAAACAAGUAUUUGUGUGUCAUAAAAUAUACAGUAUUUUGAAAAACAAAACUGUGGGAAAGUAAGACGAGUAGAAAUAGAGAAGAAGUGAUGAAGGCUGAGUUUUAUAAUAUUUUCAUUUGAAAUGUUGAAAUUUUUCUGAGUUACUUUCACAACAAAGUUCAAACUCUCAAAAGAAGAUAAAACCACAACCCUGUAUGUGACAUUUUUGAGGAUGUUACAUAUUCUGUGUAGUUUUGACAAAAUGGGGAGUGAUGUGAUCUGAGAUCAGUUAAUCACAAAUGUGUUUCAGUGCUUUCACUCACCAUAUUUACUGUAGACUGUUUGGAUGCAGAUGACCAAACAUCAACCUCUGUGUAGGGAACUCAUCCAGGUGUGGUCUUGCAGCUUGCAGUACAUUAAAAAUCUUUAGGAUUUGGAUUGUUGUUCAGAAAAAAAUAGUAAGCUGAAGACAUCCCCGCAGGCUCAAAGAAAUUGUUUCACUCUGAAGAAGAAGAUUUCUACAUCAUCAACACCUCACAGAUGGAAAGCAAUAAUAACAGCAAUGUCACAUUCGACUAUGAUUAUAGUGAUGAAACCUACCCCAGUUUUGCUGAACCAUAUUUUAUGUAUGUGAUGACAUGGGUAAUCAUUAGUAUCGGCCUUCCUUUGACUCUAGUGGCCAUCUACUCUCUUUAUUCCCAGGUGCAAAAUAACAAUGUUGCUCCAAUCUACAUCAUCAACCUCUUCAUCUCUGACAUCAUUCAGUUCUGCUGCAUGAUCGUCUUAGUGGCAAAACCUGACGGGAAGAUCUAUGAAAUCUUCUUUUAUAUUAACUUCUUUGGUGUGGUGGCCAGUGUUGGCUUCAUGGUCUGUAUCGCCCUGGAAAGGUAUUUGGGCAUUGCAUGGCCACUGUGGUACCGCUUCAGAAGCACCAUCAAGAUCUCUCUUGCAGUCUGUGUCGUGGUCUGGACCCUUCCUCUUGUUUAUGUCCUUCCUUACUAUUACCGGGUUGAUGAUAGGGUCACAAACACCAUUUCCUAUGUCUUCCUUCUCGUUCCUUUCCCACUGCUCAUAUUCUUCCUGGGUGGGACCCUCAAAUCGCUGUCUGCUGCCAUCUCUGUCCCCUCUGAUGAAAAACAACGAAUUGUGGGAAUGUUGGUCCUGGUGCUGCUCAUCUACACGCUGCUGUUUCUACCCAACAUCAUCUGGUACCUGGUAGGAGAAGACAGACAUAAUGAUACCUUCAGCGAACUGACUUUCAUUCUUCUCAGAUUCAGUCCUCUUGCAGACUUGAUUCUGUAUAUUUUCAUGAGGAAAGGGGCCAUAGACAAGCUUUUGGCCUCUCUGUGUUGUUGCAGAAUGGACAGUGAUGAUAAAAGCAGAUCAUCAGCAUGAAAGACAACAACAUGUACACAGUCAGCUCCAUGCAGGCAGAGAAAGAGGGAGAAAGAAAAGGGAGAAAACAGAUGUUAACUGUAAUGUGUCUGGAUGUUAACUAAAAUACACUUAAACUAGCAAACAAAAAAUAAAUGAAGUGUUUGCUGUAUGACAACAAAACUACUAACACUGUUUGUUGUCAGCCAGUGGUGUGACCAUCACAAGUAGAUGAAAAAGAAGCAUUGUUUUGAUUAUGUUGUGAGAGAAGUGGUUGGCGGGAAAUGUUUGUCCAUGCAGGUUAACUUUUUCUGGUUCAUUGUUAGGGCUUCAACAAAUGUGCAUUAAGUUGAUAUCUAUCAUUAUUAUCCUCUGAAGGGGACAUUACAUGCUUUUUGUGAUUUUCUGUCAUUUAUAUUCAUAAUUUAAGUCUGCCAAGGGGCAGCUUCCUG